ACAGGCAUCAGCUUCAGCAUCUGCUCUCUCUCUCUCUCUCCUGUGCAACCAAAGAUUUUAAAACCUUCCAUGGCGAUCCGCUGGGGUAUCUGCUCUGCUGGGAAGAUCAGCCAUGACUUCCUCGUGGCCUUGAAGACUUUGCCGCCUGGGGAUCACAAGGCAGUAGCCAUUGCUGCCCGUGAUCUCGCACGCUCCCAAGAAUAUGCCAGGAAGCACCGUAUCCCCAAGGCCUAUGGAUCUUAUGAGGAAUUGGCACAGGAUCCAGAUGUGGAUAUAGUGUAUGUGGGGUCAGUACACCCCCAGCAUCACCGGCUCACCAUCCUCUUCCUCCGGGCUCAGAAGAACGUCUUGUGUGAAAAGCCCCUAGCUAUGAAUGCUGAUGAAGUCCGGGACAUGAUACGAGUCGCCCGGGAAAACAAUGUCUUCCUCAUGGAGGGUUUCUGGACAAGAUUCUUUCCUGUAUCAGAACAGAUCCGCUGCCUGCUGGCCCAGAACACUCUUGGGGAUGUGAAGGUGGUGCAAGCCCAACUGGGCUUUCCAAUGGAGGACGUCCAGAGGCUGGUCGAUAAGAAAUUAGGAGGAGGUGUCAUUUUAGACUUGGGAUGCUACUGCGUUCAGUUUGCUUCUAUGAUCUUUGGGCCCGAAAUGCCAGAAUCCAUUGUCACCUCAGGACUGCUUCACAAGUCAGGCGUGGAUGAAACAGUUUCCAUCAUCCUCAACUAUUCGGGGAACCGGCAGGCUGUUCUCAAUGUCACCAUGAUGAUCAAACUACCAGGAGAGGCACUGAUUGGGGGGUCUGAAGGAGUUAUCCAGAUCCCCUCACACAUGAACAGUCCUACAGUCAUGUUUGUGAAAGGCAACCGGUGGGAGUGGCCACUGCCCCCCUCUCCAGAACACCUCUACUUUGAAAAUGACAUUGGAUUGAGAUAUGAAGCUGAACACGUCCGCCAGUGCCUCCUGAAAGGCUUGAAGGAAAGUCCCAUCAUGCCCUUACGUGAGAGUGAAAUCAUAGCCACUAUCCUGGAUGAGGCACGGAGGCAGGCAGGGGUGUUCUACGAAGAUGACAACGCUACAAAAGGCCACAGUAAAGACACCAAAUAAACUUCCUUGCCAAAACAUUUCAAUCAAUGAAAACUGAUUCCAUCGAUCAUCACUGACACCACAGUAUGGCUUGAGAGGGGGGAAGAUAAAAGAAAUUUCCUUUGCUUUGGAAACCCUCUGAAAAUAGAUACUACGUACUUUUCUUUGUUUAGGCUUUUUGAUAAUGCUCUCUUUUAAACAAGUUAGGGGAAAGCAUUUAACCCUCAGUGUUCACACUCUUGCAUGCAUAUUUUGCUCAAUGCUCUAGAAUCAGAGGUCUCCAAGGUGGUGCCCAUGGGCUCCAUAGCACCUAGGCAGGCCAAGGGGGGGUUCUGCCCAGCAGGGCUUCUGCUUGACUAUGCACAUUUUUUUCCAAGUUGCUUUGGCAGCCCCCAGCAUUACAGCAUAAGGAUCUUAUCUUCAGUCAUGUAGUGAAGCUGCAUGUGUACAAUAAAAUAUUUUUAAACAAUGUUCAUUUUGAAAGGCAUCCUGUUAA